CGAUAACCUCUCGUUGGCAGUUAAACCAAAACACCUUUUUUUGUGACUCUUUUUUCCUCUUUCCUCCUUAAACUUUUCAAUUUAUCAACAAACCCCGAGAACCGCAAAUCUCGCUACCAUGAACCGCUUUGGCGAGGCCGGAGGACCCAUGCUGCAGAUGCCAUGGGAGAAGACCCUCACUACGGUAUCUGAGCGUCUCUGGUUAUUGCUGUGUACGGGCUGGCGUUCAGAUGUCACGGUUCAUGUACAGGGUGUGGCGAUGAAGGCUCACCGACUCAUCUUAGCCAUGAACUCCGCUGUGUUGGAGGAGAAGCUCUUCGACCAGAACGAAACAGCUUCGAACUCCCACCUCAUUCUCGCUGACGAUUCACCUGAAGCCUUCUACGCUGUCUUGGAAUAUAUGUACGGCGGUUGCCCCAAUCUGGUGAGCGUUCCCUUGGCUCUUAAGGUGAGCGACCUCGCCGUUAAGUACCAGAUGGAAGAUCUGCAUUCAGCUUGUUCGUUGUACAUCGUGCAUCACAUGAAAAGCGCCGGUUACCAAGUCGACAGCGCAGGUCGCCUUCCUGGCUACAGUCAGGACACAUUACCAGGUGGGUCCAUGGGUCAGCGACGAAGCACUGCAGAGGGAGAGCAAGUCUUUCUCGAGAAAGAAGUUCUUCCACAUGACUACUAACAAGAUGAAAAUUAUAGCAGAAGUGAUCCGUUCAGUUUCUUCAUACGCUACCAGAAUUUUCUUAUUUCAUUUCAGUAUUUAGUUUUCAGGUCAGAGGCGAGUGGUGUUUAUGAUCCCAUGUCAGUCGGAUAAGUUAGGAUAUAAACGAUUAUGCCACUAAAGUUACAGGAUUCAAGUAUCAUUUCAGGCAUAUCUUAAUUUUUACCUAAAUGAGGAACAAAUAAUUACUUCCCACCGUCUUUAUUUCGUUCUGAGGCAAAGCUUUGAAUUCACUGAUAAUUAUAGAAAUAGUGGUAUGAUGAUAGCAUGUUUCAUAAUGUAUUCUCUUUCUCACUACAUUCUCCAGGGAACACGGCCUGGCCUGUUUUUGUUCAGUAUACUUGUUUAAUCAGUUAAAUCACUAAUACUGUUCAGAUUUCUAAAUGGUAUAUCGUAAUAGGAUUUCAGUAGAGAAUAUAAACCUUUAAAUGAUUCGCCAUUUCAUACACUUUGCCAGUAUCGUGUUGUAUGUGGAGUAUCUUUUAUAUUAUACAGUGGACUACAUAUUUAACUUUAUCUGUUCUUUCUCAACCUAUGUUCUUGUGAUAUAUAUUUUUUUUCAUUUGAAGGUUUUGGUGAUAGAUAGUACAUUUAUUAUAACGAGUAUGACACUCAUCUAUCUUUAUUAAUAAGAACGUAUGAGCUGAUACAUUCACCUACCUUGCAAUUGUCACUUAAUGUAUUUUACAAGCAGUAUUAGCCGUUAUUAAGUUUGCAUUCUGAACUUUCACCCGUUGGCAAAGCAAGAAAUGAAGCAGCUUCCUCUGUUACAUUGACAAUAAACUCAUUUUCAAUAAUGCGAUGUAAUUUCAGUUGUUUUCACUUCAGAUGUUUAAACAGCGUUUUUUGCUUGAACGAGAUGUUUUUGCAAUUAUAAUGUACAUGAAAGAUCCUCUGAAAGACUCGACAGUCAAGUUUCUGUCUUAUACUUAUGAUUUAGUGUCGGUG